CCAGUCAAUACCAAGCCUGUCGCGGAGUGAUAUAAUCAGGUCAUUAUACAUGCCGAAAUAAGUCACAUGACUGAUCUAAUAAUAGAAACAUGGAAAUACCAGUCACUCGCACAAAUAUAAAUCCAACUUCAGCGAUAACAGAGAAUCCGCAUAAUGGACGGUGGAGCCGAACCCCCGAGGGUCCCCAGAUCUGAUUUUCUCAAUAAGAUUAAAGUCAAACUUGGAGGUAGAGGGAACACUUUACAGUAUGGGAGGAAGAAUCAAAUGGUUAUCUCCGGUUCAGCAGCUGGGGCCCAAGGUGCAGAUAUCCCCGAUGUGGAUCUGAGUGACACCGAUGAACCCUUGACAAACCGCGAACGUUGGAGAGGAUGUGAUGGUCCCGAACUCGAUCUUGGAGGAAUCCAAAACAAGAUACAGAUCAGUGAAGAGAACACUCUUGUUGAGACGGGGAGUCUUGAUAACAGGGAGGUACCGAUGGAGCAGGAGCCAUCUCCACCUCACCAUGGUAUGGAGCCGACAGUAACAGCAGUGCAAGCUUCAUCAGCUCUAGAUAUUGAUGCUGAUCCAGAAGGAUUUGAAUCGUUAACAUUGCCAAUCAGCCGCCCUCAAAGGAACCCUAGUACACCAUCGAAUACCCUAAAUGCUAGAUUCCAGACUAAUGUUAAGUCAGCUUAUGUGCCUGAUCAUGGCUCGCUUGUAAUAGACGGUGUAGAAUCAAGAACACCUCUUCACUCAUUUUCUGAAGAUCAAUCACCGUGUCAUGAUGGACCCUCUUUAAUCGACCUGUCAAAAACACGUAAAGUGAAAUCCCCACCAGAUGCAGGUGAAUCUGGUGGUGGGGCGUCUGAUUUCUCGGCUGCGUUGUCAGGGAAUGAAAGGGUAACGUCUCCAAUACCUUUACCAGAGCAUCGAAAGUCACAACGUGGACAUCUACAAAACGUCCCACCAUCUGCUGCAGAUCAACAGCAUGAACAAACAUUUACAAGAGUGGAGAGAGGAAGUGCAACCAGGAACGGCGGUCACAUGGAACAAGCACAGCAGUGUCUUCACUUCCGGGAGGUUCAGGGUCGGGAUUAUUACACCAUUGACCACUGCUGUCAUGUUGUGGACAUAAGAAGAAGAAGUGAUGUGUUUGGAGACGUUUCACAAGGAACUGGGAUUUUGUUGAGCUGGUCAUGGAAUGCGACAAAAAAACAUGUUGUAUAUACUUCAUGGACUGUGGCACUGGCGGCUGACAGACACAGAGAUCGUAGUGCAAUCAUUAAUCAGCUGGUUCAUGGCAAGUUCCUAUCCCUACGGAAUCUUGCUAGUGACAUAUUUCGUUCAUACACCGCUCAUCUCGUAAGUGUAACUACCGAUUUAUCGUUUACGUUUGGCCACUUAGAGGAACAGUCUGCAAAUAGAAUGAUUGAAUGUAACGGCGAUGUCCACACAGUUAUUUCUGGAUAUUUACCAAUGGAUUGUAAGUUUAAUCUUCAAGUGUUAAAGGAUGCAAGUUACGAAGUUUCACGUGACGCGAGUCCUGAAGAGUGCCAGCCAGAUGUUCCAGCUGACAUACAGGGUCUCUCAGAAGCGAUACAAAAGAAAAUGAAUCUGUCAACGGAAUCAAGAGAAGAGAGCAAAGAAAUGGCAGAAGUUCAAGCGAAACUGGCAAAUAUGGAAUCUGAAUUCAAGCAGGUUGAGUCAACGUUUCGUCAGAUUCUAAAGAACCAGAAAGACAAUUCCGAACGCCAACUGCUGCAACCUCGCAAUGAUAUGAGCAACUCUAUAGGACUUAUGAAACAGCAGCCGUCACAGAUAGGUGCGACGCAAGACAGAGUCCCUGUAGACGUUAGAGAAAUUCAAGAAAAAGAACGUGGUUUUCAUCCAUCUACAGUUUCAAGCCGUCAUGAUAGCACCUAUUCAACUGGGGAAACUAAACCCAAUGAACUGGAUCCGAAAUCACAGCAAGCGGACAACAUGCAAGUCAUGGCGACAUCUAACAGUCCAGCUGAAACAGGGAGGAUUGAUAUAGGAUUCAUGGACAAAUUCGAGUCAUUCCAAAGACGUCCGGACCCCACACCAGUCAACCAGGUAUCCCAGGGAUCACCAACAGUGCCACACUCUACCGACAUGCCCAGGGACACAAACUUGAAGGAUGACGCCAGGAAUAACCAUCUUUCACAACAUCUACCAACAAAGAAGAGGUUCAGUUCCAGGCAGGAUGUCAAUGAUCUGGUUCACAUCUUACCUGAAGAAAGCCUUGUCAGUGCUGAAAGGUUGCUGGAAGCAUUCAGUGUGUCGAGCGUUGGUGAUAGAAGAUCGCACCCAGAGGUGAAACGUCUGGCAGAGUCCAUAGCUUUGGCACUACAAGAGGAACGACCACCACCAUCCAGAUCAAAGGGUCCUGAUACUAUCCUUUGUCUUGACGUGUCCGACAGUAUUGCACAGCACGGCCUUGAACAACUGAAGAAAGCUGCUAACAGCUUCAUCGAUGGCAUAGAGGACAUAGCUGAACAGUUCGGGCUGGAGGAGAACCUUGGGGUGGUCGCCAUGGGUGGGAGAAGCACGGUGGUUCAGGAACUCACUAAUGACUUUGGCCUUGUCAGGGAUGCUAUAGACAAUUUAGAGGUUGGUGGCCGAAGUCCUCUAUUUGAAGCUCUCCUUGUUUGUGCCGCGGCAUUGAAAGGGCGUGGAGGUAUUCUAAGUAUUGGUGACGCACACAAGAUCCGACCUCGGCUUAUUGUUGUGACAGAUGGAUUAGCGACAAGCUAUGCCCGCUGGACCGGCUCGGAUGGGGGAAGUUCUGACCAUGACACCAAAGUUAAGCUGAUUCAACUUGUUCAACAAUUUACGCCGAAGAAUAACAGUUCCGCACCUAAUCCAAUAGUAUGGGUUCCAGUUGGAAAGGCAGAUACAGGCUUUUUAAAAUCGUUGGCCAAACUUGGGCAAGGAGAGCUGGUGGAAGGCGAGGACAUGGCGAGACUCUGCAAGAACUACAGAAUCCAGGGAAGCAUAGGAAAAAUCCUGCUCUGUAUACAGAGUCAGCAUAUGGCGGGUUCUAUGUCUAGCAGCAUAGAAACUGUAGCAGAGGCCCUGGUCGGAGAGAUGGAUCCAGCAGAAAAGUCAGCGGUAGUGGAAGCAGUGAAGAGGAAGCUUGACCACAAGGACACGGACAGUGAUGAUGAUGAUGAUAAUAUAGAACCGAACGACUUCAAACGCCUCCGAGAGAAGAAGGCCCUGCUUGCCCUUGGGACGAGGGUCUGCAGGGGCCCCGACUGGAAGUGGGGUGACCAGGACAGCGGCGGACCAGGAACAGUGGUUAAUCAUGCCAAAGAAGACAAUUUGGUUUGGGUGUGUUGGGAUUUCAACUCUACAUUCUGUAGAUACAGAUAUGGGUAUGAGAACAAUUACGAUCUGUUAGUCCAGGACACUGCACGGUACCUGUGUGAUGACGAACUCAUUGAAAUAGGGAACAAGGUCCAAAGAGGACGUGAUUGGGCAUGUGGACACCAAGAUGGCGGGCCCGGAAGUUACGGGGUCGUGAUCCGGAAAGCACAAGACGGAAAGGUCAAGGUUCGAUGGAUCGAUGCGGAUAAAAUUUUUACAUACAACUAUGGCUGUGAUGGACGUUUCGACCUCGAAAUAUGCAAACCAGAUUUGGAAACACGGCCAAGGAAACCUAGUCCCGUACCUGCGGCAACUAAAGUACACGAGUGGCAGUGGCGUGAUAGCACGGGCAAGUGGCGGCUUUACGAUGCUGUGACGACUGGGAAACUGGAGAAAGAGUUUCAGAGAAACGCUAAAGGAUCUUGCUUGAUACAGAGAAAUGGGAAAAGUUUUAGAGUGGUAUUCAAGAAAGAUCCGAUGAUUGAGAAGUUGGUGUCUGGCAAUGAAGUGCACGAUGUGCGGCGACAGGCUGUCAGUGAUGAAGAACGCGGCCAACUCUGAUGUAUAGAAAUGUCAUUGCAAGAAACAGAUCUUUUUUUUAUAUCUCAUCAAAUAUCAUAGCAAUCGCUGUCAUUCAUUGUAGGAACUGCUUUCUUAUUUGUCUGUGUAGUAUUACCAUGUUUCAACACCAAUAUUACUGAAAUACGGUAGCUAUUUCUAUGACAUGUGAACGAAUACACCACGAUACACCACGAUACACCAACGCGAUACACCAACAUGAAGAGUAUGUAUCCUUGUGUUUCACGUUGUCACGAUAUAUACUUAUUUCCAAGGGAAAACACAUGGCAGUUGUUGUUACACUGUACCUCAGACCAUCACGAAGGUGUAUGUCAGGUUCCCAGAUUUACAAAUAAGUAUUAUCUAUAUAACCAAGACUAUAUAAAUAAUAUCUAUACAUAUCUAUAUCUAUACUAUAAUAUCUAUAUAUGUAUAUAAAAAGUGUAUGUGGACUAAAACAUGAAGAGGAAUGCUUCUGUGCAUCGUCCUGAGAGAAUAUUGAAUCUGAGCACAGGUUCGUAGACACUAUGAUUAUAUCUGAGCACAGGUUCGUAGACACUAUGAUUAUAUCUGAGCAGCUCUAUGUGAUAAAUGAUCAUACAUAAUUAAUCAAAUGAUUUUGUACAUAUACAGGAGAGGAGGACGUCACUGUAAUGGUCAAAAUGUUUAUUUCCAUUUUCUAUCAAUUAAGAUAGAUCAAUUUGUUAAGGAGGUAUAAAAUCUGGUUUCUAGAACUUCCACAAAUUAUGUAUUUCAUAUAACAACAGUAUUAUACAAUACUGAAUAAUUGUUAGGGCUAGGAUGUUUAUUUUAACUUCCUGGUUUUGAAUGUUAUGUUUCAUUUUUCAUGUCUCAUGUGCUAAUUUUAUUCCGCUUGAAAUAAUAACAUAAAAUAGAACAUGUUAGCAUGAGUUUCGUAUUUUAUGCUGAAUUCAGGAUUCUUGCAUUUCUAUGCAAUUUCAACGGGAUGUACGAAAUUAGUGAAUGUGUUGUUCUAAGAAAAUUGACAGUCACAAAAUUGAAUGAGUGUGUGAGUAUGUCUUCACGCCGGUUUUAGCAACGUUUCUGCAAUAUUACGGUGGGGGACACCAGAGAUGGGCUUCACCCAUUUAACCAUGUAGGAAAUCAAAGCCGGACUAGCGAACGCUUUCAACUUUAUUCUAACCCCGUGGACAUGUCUGGCAUGGUUCCUGGUUGACACAGUUUCCAAAGCGUUGACAAAUGUCAUUUACAAUUUAUCUACAUCAUACAUCCAUGUUAUAUUUUUACAUCCUGUUCAUUAGAUCCU